GUCUCUGCCGCUGAUGAUGCUGUCUCUGCCGCCGCUGUCUCUGCUGCCGCCGCUGCGGGGACGAUGAAGUGGAGCAGAAAGCGGGCAGCGACGGCGUGAACUGGAGCAGGGCUCGGCCGGGCAUCUGUGACCACAAUGGCAGCGAACUGCAGCAACUUCGCGGCAAUGGCCGCGGCGGCCGGAGAGAUCAUCCAGCUCAAUGUGGGCGGCACCAGGUUCAGUACCUCCAGGCAAACACUAAUGUGGAUUCCAGACUCCUUUUUCUCCAGCUUGCUGAGCGGGAGAAUCUCAACACUACGGGAUGAAACUGGAGCAAUAUUUAUUGAUCGUGAUCCCACUGCAUUUGCACCAAUACUGAAUUUUCUUAGAACAAAAGAGUUAGAUUUAAGGGGAGUAAACAUCAAUGUUCUGAGACAUGAAGCUGAAUUUUAUGGGAUUACACCUCUAGUUCGCCGCCUGUUGCUGUGUGAAGAACUUGAACGAUCGUCAUGUGGUAGUGUUCUCUUCCAUGGGUACCUGCCUCCUCCAGCUAUUCCCAGUAGAAAAGGAAGCAUUGGGGGGUCUGGAGCCUUACAGGACAGUAAAUUGGGACAAAGCACGGCAGAAGGAGCUGUGCGUCCAAAUACAGCACCUUCUGUGUCAACUGGUGUCAUCUCUACUGAAGGAUCUGCUAGAUUGGGUACAGUGGUUGAUCCCCGGAAGGUUCUGAUAGUUGCUGGUCAUCACAAUUGGAUUGUAGUAGCUUAUGCACACUUUGUGGUCUGUUACAGAAUUAAGGAGUCUUCUGGGUGGCAGCAGGUAUUUACAAGCCCUUACCUUGACUGGACAAUCGAGCGAGUGGCAGUAAAUGCUAAAGUUGUUGGGGGUCCUCUUGGUGAUAAAGACAAGAUGGUAGCUGUUGCGUCGGAUAGCAGCAUAAUCCUAUGGAGUAUUCAGGAUGGAGGCAACGGCAAUGAAAUCGGUGUGUUUAGUCUUGGUGUUCCAGUGGAUGCACUCUUCUUCAUUGGUAAUCAGCUAGUUGCAACUAGUCACACUGGGAAAGUGGGCGUGUGGAAUGCAGUUACUCAACAUUGGCAGGUACAGGAAGUUGUCCCUAUCACCAGCUGUGACACAGCAGGAACAUUCCUUUUGCUGGGCUGUAAUAACGGAUCAAUAUAUUACAUAGAUAUGCAAAAAUUUCCUCUCAGGAUGAAAGAUAAUGAUCUUCUGGUCACUGAACUUUAUCAUGAUCCAUCCAAUGAUGCCAUCACUGCACUAAGUGUGUACCUCACUCCCAAAACAAGUGUCAGUGGAAAUUGGAUUGAGAUUGCUUAUGGUACCAGUUCUGGUGCAGUGCGUGUAAUAGUGCAACAUCCUGAAACUGUAGGUUCAGGUCCCCAGCUCUUCCAGACUUUCACAGUUCAUCGCAGCCCAGUGACUAAAAUCAUGCUAUCAGAAAAGUAUCUGGUAUCAGUGUGUGCUGAUAACAACCAUGUGCGGACUUGGACAGUCACUCGUUUCAGGGGAAUGAUCUCCACACAACCGGGAUCCACUCCAUUGGCUUCUUUCAAAAUACUUUCACUGGAGGAAACUGAGAGCCAUGGAAGUUAUACAGCUGGAAAUGACAUUGGACCCUUUGGGGAGAGGGAUGAUCAACAGGUUUUCAUCCAGAAAGUUGUUCCAGUCACGAUUAAGCUAUUUGUUCGUUUGUCUUCCACGGGGAAAAGGAUUUGUGAGAUCCAGGCUGUGGAUGGCAUGACAAUAACCGCUUUUACAGUGAGGGAAUGUGAAGGCUCUAGCCGGAUGGGUUCUCGACCAAGGCGAUACCUCUUCACAGGCCAUGCUAAUGGGAGUAUUCAGAUGUGGGACCUGACAACGGCCAUGGACAUGGUAAACAAAGGGGAAGAGAGAGAUGUUGGAGGCCCCACGGAAGAAGAGCUGCUGAAGUUGCUGGAUCAGUGUGAUCUGAGCACAUCCCGCUGUGUAACUCCCAACAUCAGUCCGGCUGCUUCUCUAGUACAACAUACCAAACUGCGGGAGUCAAGCUCAAGUCUUCAGCUUCAAACCUCGGAGGCAUUUCAUGAAACUGCAACAUAUGGUUCCGUGAGGCCAUACAGGGAGAGCCCACUGCUGGCGAGAGCAAGGCGGACAGAAAGCUUCCAUAGUUACCGAGACUUUCAGCCUUUCACGUUCAAUAAGAAUGUAUUAGACAAAGGGAAUGCUGGUUCUGAGAGCGAGUCUUCAUUACAGCUGGAGGGAGAGGCAAAAAUAAGGAAACUUGGAACUGGAGACCUUAUCAUUAGUGAGCGAAAGAGCCAAGUGAAUGAGACUCGAGGAAGCAGGAGUCUGGACGGGACACUAGAAACUCCAAAAGCAGUUGAAGGUGUGACUGAAGUCAGGAAAAAGAUACCGGAUGAAGAAACGGAUAAGUUUGAAAACAAGAAAAAAAACACAUUUGAAGGAGGGUUUUUAAGCAGAAAAAAAACUGUUGCAGUCCAGCAGUUGGCAUUGUGCCCUGCUGGUGCUGAAGCAGGAAGUGAGCCCCAAGGCACAGCCUCACAGUCACCGACUAAAGUGGCCACUUCUCCUCGCCACAAGAAGGUUGAAGCUGUGUGCCAGGAUCAGAGUUCAUAAAUUAUCACUACAGUGGAAACUUGGAUUUUAACUAACAAGGACUUUUAAUGCUACAGUAUUCUCUUGCACCAAAUUUGUACACUAAGUACUAUUAAGUUCUAAGAAUUUAUUUCAUUUGUCAGUAUUAUUUUGUUUUUGGUUGCAUGAGUGCACACUAAACUCCCGCAUAAUCUCUGUUACAAAAACUGACAGAAUUCCGUCCCUUGUAACUGAGCCUCUCAAAGUUUUACUUCACUUGUUAUGCCUUCAUUUGCCAGAGUUCCGUUGUCAUUUGCUCUAAUUUCUAAAACGUUUUGUGCACCGUAUGUCCAUUCCUGUACGUUGAAGUGGUGCAAAUAUCGUUCUCAUCAUCUGUGCGCAUUCUUGGCCCUGGAUUGCUUCAAACUGCAUUUAUGUGCAAACAAGGGUGCUACUGCUGAUCAGCUUGUGAGCUUAAAUAUUCAUUAUGCUACAUUCUUUAUAAGAUUUCCCGUCAAAAAUGCUGCAGAUAUGAAUAAACUAUAUGCAUCAAAAGAUUACUGAAACAUUUUUUAUAUCGAGCUAUAUUUAAUUGUACUUGGAAUAUGGGUACUACAAAUUUGACACAUCUGAGCUAAUUUUCAUUUCAUACCCUGACUGGAAUUAGCAAUAUCACCAGUAGAAUUAAAGGCAAUCUUUGGUGCAGGCAGAGCUUAAGUCCCGCAUUGUAAUGAACACAGAAUCAAGUCAGCUUGAGAUCAUAAUGAAAUAAUCUUUCAUUUGAUAUCACCAACAGCUGACUGUUCUAAUUUAUGGGAAAGAGAGCAGGUUAUUAGUAUAAGCCAUAACUUUAAUUACUUGCUUCCUAUCCAAGUUGAUUGGGACUAUUUUUAGAUUCAUGCUAUAAUGAAGGCCUUGUAUUUAAAUGAAAGUUGAUUUUUCUGCUUAUCUAAGUUCUAUGCAAUCAAGUGUGUUAAAAGACAAAGCUCAACAUAAGCCACUGGAACUAUUGGAAAGAGGCCUUUGAAUUCUCAAUGUGUUAGACCUUAGAAAAGGGUUGGAAAAUUGAACAUAACUGGAUAGCAAAUUUGUUGCAUACGUGAGACAUGUCAAUUGUCAAACAAUAAGCACUCCACUAUCUGUAACAAAAAAACUGGAAAUCUUGAAGGAGCUAUCUUUGGGCUAUUAUGUUGUAACACUGCUUUCAACAGUCUGAUUUUCUACUUUUUCCAAUAAACCACCAAAGUCUCAUGUUGGAAA